AUGGCAAGACUCACUAGCGAUACCGGCGAACCAUUUGUAAAUGGUAAACGGGUCACCAAGCCGAAUGAUGUGGACCAUUCCUUUCUAACUGCUAAUGCCCCCCCUUCUGCAUCCCUCGGCCCUGGGUCUGAUAUGAGGACUUUAUGCAAAGAUAUACCUCCAUUUGAGAAAAAACCUUCCUCAUCCUCUGGAACAGCUCAAUCUUUGGAAAAAGAUGCUGUUGGAAAUGGCCUUAUUAAAUUUGAUGAAGUCGUCAACUUUGAGACCAAUCCUCCGGUUACGUCUAUCUUGGGCAAUGAUGACUCUUCUGAGAAUUUUCAACAGCAACUGACGGAGGACCAUCCUUCGGGGAUAACAAAUAGCCUUAAAAUUAUACCUACUGCCAAGUCUCAGAUAACAAAUUCUCCUUGUUCACCGACAGUCUUUGGCCACUCAUCUGCUUGCUGUAGUCAAGAAUUACAAAGAUUAACGAAAUUGCGAACUUCACUUGAGACUGAACGGCAAGAUUUCGACCAGAAACUGCUUGAAAUUAAUAAACGUACCAAGUCACUUUUAGAGCAAGAAGCUUCUUUACUUGAUCGAGAACAUCAUUUCGAAACUAAGGAGAGACAGCUUCAUGAAAAACUUGUAAAUCUUGAACUUCGUCAAAGAUACCUUUCGGAGAAGGAAAUUGUCCUUGAAGGGAAAAUUUUGCAACUUGGCGAAGCUUCAAGAAAAGUUAAAUUUAAGCAGGAAGAUGUAUUUCAACAGCAACAAAGCCUCAAGAUUCUCGAUGAUACCUUGAAAAGGCAACAGAGUGAUAUAGAUGAGAAGAUGCUUGAGAUUUCCGAAAGAACUAAUGAAGUCAGAACAAAAGAAAAAUAUUUGAAGGCUCUUGAAUGUUCAUUAGAAGAAAGAGAACAUUAUUUGGAAUCUAAAGUAGAGCAAGUUUUGGAACACGAACAAGCUUCAACACAUGGACAAAGCGGGAUGACACUACAAGCCAGAAAGUCGCACAAUAAAUCUCAAGAAUUAGAUUUGAAGAAAAGAGAACUUGAGGUUCAAGAAGAGAAUUUUGAAUCGCUGCGGCGCAACACUCAAAAUUGCAUUGCUGAGGUUGAAGAGGAAAACACGAUUCUUGAUCACCAAGAACGUGAAGAAAAGCUGCACAAUAAAGUAGAAAUUAUUUAUAACUCUGUAAUGACACCUCCAACAGGAGAUAAUUUUGACCCCGUUGCCUUUGAAUCUGGAAUUUCUCGAGAAAAAGAGUCGAAACAUGGAGAUAAUUUUUUUAAUUCAACACCAUUGAAGGAGGCCCUAAAAAUCCGGGAAGUGAUACCUCUAGAAACGUCAGGACUACUGGCUGAUAUCCAGGAGACAAAUAUCAGCACAUUUGAAGCAAAUAAUCGAUUUCCAAAAGAAAAAUUUUAUUUUUCUGAUCAAAAAAAGAGCUUGGCUCACAAGGAAGGAGAGUUGAAUGCAAUCGAAUUGAAGCUUAAAAAUACUAUGCAAGAACAGGAAGAGACAAAGGAAAGAUUUGAUAAACGUAGUCAUAACUUCAACAAUUUGCAAGAAAUCGCUGUCCAACGAAACGAACAUCUCCCUCGUGGGCUGCAUGAGGUGGAUCAUCGGUUGGAUGAGUUAGAGAGCAGUCAAAAUUCGUUUGCCUGUCAGAAAGAAGAGGUUCCCAUUCAUGAACAGAAAAUGAAGGUCAGGCUCAUGGAUCUGGCGGAUCAAGAAAAAAAGGUCCAAAAAGCUGAGCUCUCUCUGUCCGAGGCAAAUCGUGACCUCGAAGCCUGUAUUCAGGUCAUUAAUUACAAUCCUGCUAUCAUGCAAAAUAAACUUGAAAAAAAUGAAGAUUUGUCUAGAUAUACGAAUUCUAAACUUUCUACUCUAGUAACACAAUUCACUACUCUGGAGCCGAAACAUACUCAGCAGAAAAUGGAUGGUGAGGUCCUUGAAAUGCUUUACUUCACUCAAUCUGAUUUAAUGAACACUGCUUCGUCAAAUAAGCCUGAUGCUUCGCUCUUUCAUUUACCUCCUGCAAACUCUGAGAUGAAUAUUCUUCUUGCCUCUUCAUGUUCACAGGAAGCAACGAGGUUAUCAAAUUCUACAGAUCCCUCUUUUUGUGUCAAAAAGGAACUCUUUACAACGCCUGAAUAUUCUUUCACAACUAAGCAAUACAGUCUUGCCUCUUCCAUUUCUGCUAGUUGCGACAGCCAUUCGUCAAUGAGACACAUGACUACAGGGGGAAUAGCUUCGGCGUGCCCCCCAAUGCAAAAUGUGUCCCUCACUUCGCUGGUCGAACCGAACGCUACGCAGCAGAUAUUGAAUCUAAGUUUCAACUCAGAAUCGGAAUCGGCUCAACAGCAAACUGAGCCUCAGCCUACGACAUGUUCAGAACUAUGCACUGUAUCCAUUUCUAAGACGAUAAUGGCUCCAGAUCAGCUCAGCACUCCUGAAGGCGAGUUUGAUUCCUAA